UGCGAUCACGUGCCAAAGGAUUCAUCGAUCAAGAGUGAAGUAUUAAUGAACAAUAAUGAAACCAAAUUGAGACGAUUGCUAUCAUUCAAAGAUGCACCAGAAUACCUUAGACACAAUCCUUAUAUACUUAAUGGUUAUCGAGGAUAUUUAACUACAAAAUUAUGUAUGGAAAGUAUAUUUUGGUGGACGAAUGAAACAAUCAACAUAUGGAGUCACAUUUUUGGAUGGAUGCUAUUUUUCGGUUUGACCCUUUACGAUCUUUGUUUGUUAAAUAUUCAUGCACCUUUCGGAGAUAAAAUUAUAGUAGCAUUACUAUUAAUUUGUUUUCAGGUAUGCAUGAUAUUAUCGUCAGUAUAUCAUACGUUCUCCUGUCGAAGUGAAAAAGAUUAUUGGUGUUUUUUAUCUUUUGAUCUUUUCGGUAUAGCUUUAAGUCUCCUAUCGAUUUACAUGUCUGGUGUUUACUAUGCCUUUUGGUGUCAUAAGGAUUUACAACAAUUUUAUUUGGUGACAGUCCUAGUGAUAUUUCUGUUCGCUAUGGUACUGCAGAUACCGAAGUUGAAUGUAAACGGGAACGUGAAGUUGAUUGUCUUUGUAGCUUGGGCAGUUUAUGGAGUUUUGCCAACACUGCAUUGGAGUAUAGCAAUGGGUGGUAUGGACAAUCCGAUCGUUAGAUUGCUACUACCAAGGGUCCUUGGGAUGUAUGCCAUUAGUGGUUUAGCCUUUGUAAUAUAUUUGACGAAGAUACCCGAACGUUUAUUUCCUGCACCGCGCUUCAAUAUGGAAUGUGCUUGCGCAAUGGAGAUGAACUUAGCUUGGCUUGGCUUGCAAAAACAAUUGUCCCCAUACCAAUUUGCCGAGGGUAUUGCGAGUGUCUGCUUCUUGGAGAACCCUUUCAAGAUUUACAUGAAAGAAUAGAUGACAGAAAGGAAAUAAGACAAAAAGGAAUAUCAUAGGAACGCGGGAGAAGAAAA